CGUCAAACAACAAAUCCCAACAUGUACACACUACUUCCUUUCGAUGACACAAAAGCACAUGCACUGAAAAGCACACACACGCAUCGGCAUACAUAAAACUCACGCAUACAUGAGCACAUUCUCACGGGUGUGUACACAAACACACACACACUCUUGCCCACAUGCCAAUGAACAUCUUUUUUCUAGAUAUGUCUACAAAUAAUCAUGUGUGACGUAUGCGUGUGUGCGUCCAAAGGUCAGCACGUUGAGCGGAGAUGAAGGUUCACCGGCAAUCAGGAAGUGUGGGUGUAUCAGGAAGUGUGUGCGUGUGUGCGUAGGUGAAGACGAUGAAGUCGGAGGUGAAAGCCGAUGUGCUCAAGUUGUUCUUGCUUCUUCUGAGCUUUGUACUUCUGGCUCUGGGAUUGGUCGUGGCUUGUUGCGGUGUUUGGAUCUGCUUCGACAACACCAGCUUCAUCGCCGUCGUUUCUUCCGAUGAGCUGCAAGCUGUGGGGGCGGGGCUAAUGUUGAUUGGCACCCUGGUGAUGGCGUCCUGCUUGGUGGCGUGUUUAGGAGCACGCUGGGAAAAGCCAAUUCUCAUGCUGAUUUGCAUUUGGGGGCUGCUGAUCCUGUUCCUGUGCUGCGUGGGCCUUCUCCUGCUGCUGCUGCUCAGCAGAGCCCAGAUCGAGGAGAAGGCAGAUGCGGCGGUGGCUCACAUGAUACGCCAGUACCGGGGCGACGGACGGCAAGAUGGCUUCCUGGACUACCUGCAGCAACACGAGGCGUGCUGCGGCCUGAUGGGCCCGUCCGAUUGGCUGCAGAAUUCCUUUGUGCAGACGCUCAACACGAGCGCCACGAGCACGCUUCCUUGUUCGUGUUUUGGCUCGCCUCAACGCAACUUGGAAACGGCGUGGUGCUCGCAAGACCCCAACGUCACGCACGUGCCCGCCAUUGCGCUCGCUAACUGCACGCACACGCAGGGCUGCCGCGAGCUGCUCAGUGAUUGGCUGCACGAGAACGUGGUGACGGUGGUGGUAAUGGACAUCAGCUUGAUGGUGGCGCAGGUGCUGCAGCUGGCGCUGGCCCUGCAACUCUGGAGGACUUUUCGCCGCAGGGACACCGUGAGGACAACGCAUCAAACGGAUGAUGCUGAUUCGGUACACAUAGGCCACGCCCAGGACAGCGGUGACGACGCUGACUCCGCCCACCAGAUCAUCCAGUAGGCCACGUUCCUUUUGAACGCCACAUUAUCAAACAAGAAGUAAGGGGCGGAGCUUACACCUGUCUGCCCAGGUGUGACAUCACAAGCUAAUAUUCCAAGCACCCACUUUCUGCACCUUGUGACUUGAUUCCACACCAACUCUGGCUGGACUUGUGCCCUUCUCUCCUCUCCUGACUAUUCUCCUUGGACCUCAGCCUCGAACGCUAGCAGGUAGAAAAUUCCAGGAUACCCCACUCUGACUCCUUUCCACUCCGCCUCUUCUAUACCCUGCCUACACCACGGAUGGGCAACUGUGAUCCACGAGGGCCACAACUCUGCAUGUUUCCCUCCGCCACCACACCUGAUUCAAAUGGUCAGCUCCUCAGCAAGCUCUGAAGAAACCUGAUCACGAUC